CACUCAACCAAUGGAUAUUGACGAAGCGGACAUUACGGUCCUCGAGGAACACCUUCUCACAACCAGUGCGUUGGUCAGGUCCAUCACGCUCACGCUCAACACAGUCUCGGCCAAAUUUUCGCAGUCGCGCACCAACCUCAAGCCGGUGAUCUCCUCCACCAAGGCGCUUAUCGCGCAGAAAAAAGAUAUUGCCGCGGGCUUGGAGACGCUAGCUGCGGUAGAUGAGAGUAUCCAGCGGAUAUCGGCCUUGGAAGCCGUGCUUGAGCUCCCGCUCUCGGCGACGGGACUCCGCAAGUACAUUGACACGCUUGCGCGCUCGCGGCUGGUGCUCCUGGAGACAGGCAACCUCGGGGCCUUUAAAGGGGUUACAAGCCACUUUAAGUCGGUGGUGCACGCGGCGGAUAAGAAGCUCGACCAGAGCUUUCGCGAAACGAUGGCGUCGGUGUCCGCACCAUACGACCCGGCAAUAGAGCCGUUUCCGCUCGCCUCUACGGCGGCAAUCAAGGACCUCAAGAUCCUCAUUGCACACAAGACAUGGGACCGUGUGGAGAAGGACGUGGUGGAUGCACGCCGCGAGUUUCUCCGCGCGUCAUUGCAGCACAUCGAAGCCGGCGCGCGUGCACGCGAUGCACCGGACGUGCACGCAACGCGGGCACUGGGUGUCAAACAGUAUACAACCUCUUUCUGCGAGAUGGUGACCGCGGAGCACCACUUUCUCUGGGCGCUUUUAGGCGACACGCGCGCCGACUGGGUGUUUGGCGUUGUCUGCGAUGCCCCCCUCAGGACCUUCCUUAAUAUUGUUGCCCAAAACGCGGAGUUUGCGAUGACAAACAAGGCUACUGACGGACUAAUGCUCUUUGAUUUGAUCGACGCACUCUCGGCGGCGCUCGAAGCCCACACGCGUAUCGAUGCCCACCUCGACGCAGUUGGAAAGCUAGAGAUAGAACACAACCGCAUUGUCACCCAGGCGCACGACUUGUUCAAGGAAAUGUUCCGCUACGUAGAUAGCCGUGUGGCGUCGGUCCUGCAAAUGCCCUCGGAUAACGGAGUAUGCCCCGUAAUCGUGGAAAUCAUGUCGCGGUUGCGCAAGUUUUCCAAAUUCAGCGGUGCCGCGUGUGAAAUCAUUGUGAGCAUGCCUUUGGGCUCAUGGAUCCCCAGCCCGAAGCCACAAUGGGUGGGAGUUUUUUCGUCUGUGCUUACCCAUGUUUCUAUCGACGAGACCAGCGGCCCUGACAUGCUAUCUUGUUACUUCAGCGAUCUUAUCGAUGCCAUGUUGAUUGCGUUGGAGCUCCGGUGCAAGGCUCUCGUGCCCAAGCUGAACCGCGCGACGAUGGGCUACUUUUUAAUCACCAACUUGACACUUAUUGAGCAGAUUGCGAAGAAUUCCGAGAUGGACCAGAUCUUGGGGGCGAAUGGGAACGAGCGCCUUGAAAAGUUGCGCAAGCGCUUCUUGAACUACUUCUUGGACGGCUGGAAGUCGGUCGCGAGCAUCUUGAUGGACGUGACCGUGAUCUCGGGGAAUGAUACGGGGAAAAUGUCGUCUAAGGAGAAGGACGUGAUUAGGGAUAAGUUCAAGAUGUUUAACGCGGCCAUUGAGGAGUUGAUAAAGCAACACAAGAGCUAUAAUAUUACCGAUAAGGGGCUUCGCCAGUUCUUGCAGAAGGAGAUCAACUUUGUGUCGCCACUCUAUAGGCGGUUUUACGAUAAGUACGGAGUUAUGGACUGGGUGCGCAAAGGCAAGAAUGUGAAGUGGGACAAGGAAGAGUUUGACGGGAUGUUAGAGGGGCUUCAAUAAAUACAGGUGACAUUAUUAUUCUAGGG